UGUUUUAUCUCAUGUUGUUGUUCUCUCCACAUGUACCACUCUCUCUGGAUGGACAACAGUGGCACAUUAAGGUACGUUGUGUGCAAUCACAUUCUACCAAACUGACAUGCUUGUGCUCUGAGCACUUGUUGUUAGGAGGUAGACAGUGUAAAGAAGAGCACAUACAGAUAACUAAAUGUGAUACUAUUCCCAAGUAAAUCUACUCGUAGUAGUACUUGAAAGUAUGCAUGGUUAAUCAAGUGUUUCAGUCUGCAUGUUUGGCUGUCCACAAUUGUUUCCCCUCCCCUGUGUCAUGCAAUCACCAGUGUACUGUAUCACUGCACUAAUGUUCUCUUCCUUCCAUUUCAUGCAUCUCCACCUCACCUUUGACUGACCCUCUGAAACAACAGACUGUAAGUUGGUGUGUGUUGUCAGAGUAUUUAGUGUCUGUUGCAUAUUCUGUGAUGUUUCUACUUACCCAUUAUUACUCUUGUGUGUGUGCAGUGCCAUAGUGUUAUACAGUAGAACCUCGAUUAUCCGGCCCUCCAUUAUCCGGAACCUCGAUUAUCCGGCUUGGCAGUUUUCUCGUUAUCAGAUCAGAAAAUGGGCGUGUCCCUCAAACGCACAUGCGCGUUGCAGCUGUUACCAUGGAGACAUACCUGCUUAUCUUCUGCGCAUGCGCAGACAACCAUGUGGCACUGCUGUUUAUCAAUAAAGUGGGUGGAUCAAGGCGUGGUUUAUCUAUUCGUUUAUCCGGCAUAUUCACUUAUCUGGCCUGCUUCUGGAACCAAGGUGUCCGGAUAAUCGAGGUUCUACUGUAUAGGGAAAUAUUUAAUAUGAUCACAUUCAACCUCGUAAUCAUUCAUUUACUAUCUUCCCACGUGUUUGCCCUGUGGACUCUCCCUCUCUGGAUCAACAGUGUGUAAGUUGUGUUUGCACGUGCACACUCAUUUUAAUGGUUACUAGGAACUCGUAAAUUGUCUUUGUCUCUUUCCAUAUUGCCAACUUGGUAUUAGCCGAGGCCCACACAAAAGUUAUUAGGUUGUAGUUUUAAUAUUCGUAGAAUAUACACCUAAGUUCAUUAGUUGGUACGUACAUUAUCGUGUUUGUCUCUUCCCAUGCACACACUCAUUCCUAUGUUGGACCACACACUGAUUUGGACUAUUGUAGGAGUGACGUACAGCUACAAUCUGGUGGGGAGCGAGCCGGUGAAAGAGUGUCCGGCCGUCGCCAUUCUUGCCAAGGCUCAGGCCCGAGCUCAGGCUCUCAACACACUGGGGGCAGCCAUUGGAAGACAGAAUGGCGAUAAGGCAGCCUCACUGGCAGUGGCAGAACAGUAUGUGGCAGCUUUCUCCCAACUGGCCAGGACCACCAACACUCUCAUCCUGCCAGAAAAGACUGGUGACAUCAGCUCAAUGGUCUCACAGGUUGUUGUGGAGAGCCCGGACUCGGAGACCACUCUAUUGUACUUCCUAAGAACGCAGCUCCGCCUAACAGGUACUAAGCUUGGGUGUGGAGAGGGUGGGUGUGGUGCCUGUACGGUGAUGCUCUCCUGGUAUCAAGAGGGCGUGGUUACACAUACUGCCGUCAACGCUUGUCUUGCCCCCCUCUGUUCUGUGGAUGGUAUGGCGGUCACCACAUUGGAGGGGAUUGGUAGCUCCCGCGAUCUCCUUCAUCCUGUUCAGGAGCGUAUAGCUAUAGCGCGUGCCCAUGGGUCACAGUGUGGCUUCUGCACCCCCGGUUUUGUCAUGUCCAUGUACACUCUCCUCAGGAACAGCCACGCCCCCUCAGAGAAGCAGAUUGAGGGAGCAUUCGAAGGCAAUCUGUGCAGGUGUACUGGGUACAGGCCCAUCCUAGAGGGAUUCAAAACCUUCUCACAGACUGGCUGCUGUGGCGGUGCUACCAAAUGCUGUAUGGACGUCAAAAGCUCUGAUGGAAUUAAGACUAUCAAAGGUCCUUCUAUCCUCUUUGAUGCCUCCAAAUUCCGACCCCUUGACCCCACCCAGGAACCCACCUUUCCCCCAGCACUCAGGACGGAGCCUCUCAUCCCAUUGGCUAUCAAGGGGCCGAGGGUGUCAUGGUAUCGACCUUUGACCCUGGACCAGUUGCUGGUGUUGAGAGCAAGGUUCCCUCAGAGCAAGUUGGUCAUUGGAAACACGGAGAUAGGCGUGGAGGUAAAAUUUAAGGGGGCCUUCUACGAUACUCUCAUCAGCUGCUCUCAAGUGCCUGAGCUCAACAAGAUGGCGGUCACUGACGAGGGACUGACAGUGGGAGCAUCUGUGACACUCACCCGACUGGAGGAACAGCUCAAGCAUCUAGUGGAGUCUCUACCAGAGAACAAAACGAGGACAUUCUCUGCUCUCCUGGAGAUGCUGCGGUGGUUUGCAGGACAACAGAUCAGGAAUGUGUCGACAGUAACCGGGGUGAUAGUGAUGGACCCCAGCUUCUUCACUGGCUACAAGAAGACAUCCAUUAAGCCGGAGGAAAUACUACUAUCAAUCCUUAUCCCCUUCACCAAAGAGUAUGAGUUUGUGCUGAGUUACAAGCAGGCUAGGAGGAGAGAGGAUGACAUUGCCAUCAUCAACGCUGGUCUUAGAGUCGUCUUACCACCAGCGGGUGAUUCCGAUUGGACGGUCCAAGACUGUUGCCUUAGUUACGGAGGGAUGAGUUACAUAACUACAGUGGCCAAGAAGACGCAGGCUUAUCUCAUUGGAAAGCCAUGGUGUGAGUCUACACUGGAGGGGGUGUGUCCACUACUCCUGGAGGACCUGCCCCUCUCCCCUGAUGUACCUGGGGGCAUGCCGGACUACAGGCGCUCUCUUGUCACAUCCUUCUUCUACAAGUUCUAUCUCACCGUCCUCUCUCGUUUGGAGUGAGCCCCUGCCACAGAAUCUCAUUAGUGCCACAAGGUUGUUUGAGAGACCCCCAGUGCAGAGUAGUCAAGGGUUUCAGAGUGUGUCAGACAAGCAGCUGCCAGAGGAUAGUGUGGGGCGACCAUUGAUGCAUCUCUCCGCUCUACAGCAGGCCUCCGGGGAGGCAAG